AUGGUAGCAUACUUUAUUGUCAUCUUGGGUAAGUUACGUUUAUAAGCAUUUUUCCACGUCUGCACCCGCUUAUAUAUAGUCUCUCACCUAUUAAUUUCUGAAGAAAGGGUCGAUAUUUUCACUUGAGCUUAUAUUUAAAGUUUAAUUAGGCUUUAUACGCUUUUUGAAUCUCGUUAUUUCUUAUUAAUAGUCUUGAAGUGCUGUAGGUACUUAACUAUCAGUCAACAAAUGGUUGAGGUCCCACUAGCAGAUUUAGUAACAACUGUGUUGGAACCCCGGGGGGGGUACUCCCAUACAUUACCUAUACGGGUAUGUGCCGCCCAACGGGGUCGUGAUUUUGAAGCUCCUGAGUUAGAACGGGGUAUCUAUUUCAGAGGGGUUUUCUAGAACGGGGUAUAAAAAUUGUGGAUCACGGCUUUAUCUUCUGCUUAAUAUUUUUGCUGAUUAUGAAGAAGCAUUUAUUUGAUGUAUAAGUCGAACAAAUAAAGAAAUAUUUUUUAAAAAAACAGGGCUAUUUCAAUUUACAAACUUUCUAGAACGGAGUAUAAAAAAUUGGCCCAUUUCUAGAACGGGGUAUCAGUUUUAAAGCGAAUUGUAGAACGGGGUAUAAAAAAUUGGCCCAUUUCUAGAACGGGGUAUCAAUUUUAGGGGAAUUUUUUUUUAGAACGGGGUGCCAAUUUGGAGUCCCGGGCGGCACAUACCCACCCAAAAAAUACCCAAGUGCCCCCCCCCGGGGUUGGAACGGUGUCAAGCAGUUUUAAGUGUGGCCAAGUACUUGUUCACUAGUGCUCAAAUCAAAGAGCUUUUUCGGAAAGAUUAUUUUCAAAAAUACGGUUGAUCGCGGAGAAACGUUAAAGUGUCAUGAAAUUUUUGAGGCAGUAUUUCUACUGUUCAGUAUUAAAGAAUGUGACUGGUGGCAGGACUGUCAACCCCCACGUCUUUACAUAUUGAGAAUUGAUAGAGAAGGGAUGACAAAUGACCUAUGACACAUGACUUCAUUUUCACAAAAAAUUACUUGUUGACUUCGAUCAUCACGAUAAUUUGUGAUGACACAAAAUGCGCGGAAAAGAUGUCGUUGGCAUUGUAACAUUUGACCUGAUUGGUUUACUUCCUACCAAUCACAUUACUGCUUAUAUUACAAUGGCAUACCAGAGUUUAUGAGAAAAUGUUUGAUGUUAACAGUUUAAGAGCUCAAACAAUGCAAAAUAUUUGAAAUUGUUGGAAAAUCGAGUCUGUAAGAAAUGGCAAACUUCGGCGAUUAUCCUUGAGGUUUCAGACUCUAAUCUGGAGUCUGGGAUAUACGGUCCAAAAUCUGGAGUCUCCCGGAUUGUCCGGGAGAGCUGACAGCGCUGUGGUAGGCAUGUUUUUGAGUUUGACUUACUGACAAAGGACUUUGAGAUUGCAUGUUCAGCUAUUGCUGAACCUCAUUUUAGUUUAUCAAAAUGUUUUUUGGAAUUCAACUUUUUGAGAAAGCAUGAGAAAUCAGUUGCCAACUCGUGAGAGCAGGAGGUGGGUCAUGAAAUUUUGAGACUAACGACAAAGUUGUGAGACUUGGCAAGUCUGGAACUUUAUUUUUCAAUGCUGUGUUGCACCGUCCAUGGUCCCCCCAUGCAGACAUCAUUUUAAAACUUGCUCAAGUCCUCCCUCGAAAUCUGUAGCGCUACUGCAAUAACAAGUACGGUGAUCUUGACUGUUUCUGAACAAGUCUGAACAGUGGACCAAGUUUCAUCCCAAACCUAUAUGAUGAGUUCUUUUACUGGGGGAUAACCUUUGUACUCACUCAAAUGAGCCAUGGAUUAUUGUAUUACAGGUAAAUAGGGAAAAUUGAAGUGCUAGAAAAAAAAUCCUGUUAUAGCUUGGAAAGCUGCCAUCCUAGUCUUGAGUGUUUUCCUCACUCGCACACACAUCGUAGCAUGCUCACCUGGGAAAUAAGAGGGAGUAACUGCUAGCAGCCUAUUGUCAUCCUUACCAUUUAUACAGCAUGAUAAAACAGCAAUUGUUAUUUUUUGUUAUGGGGAAAUGCCCAUAUAAUCAUUUCUUGAAAACCUGAUUUGAUACAUGGAUUAAUAGCCUUUUUUGGUGGAAAUGGAUAAUCAAUUACUUUUCUCAUAUUUUAUAUUUCAUUAAAGUCAGAAAGUUCAUUCAUGAAAUAUGAUUACUAACGCGAUGAGCAUUUCUCUCGCGUAACAUUUUUUUGAAAAAUUGCUAUGCUCGGCUCUACCCUUCUACCCCCAUCCCCCCACACCGCUGCCCCCUCCUCCCAUUCCGCCUCCCGUCAAACUUGCUCGUGAGCCCAUAAUUCCUGUUGCGUAGCAACGCCUCAGCUAAUUUGUUACAUUCGCACAGCAAGUGCUGUUUGUUUUGUGUCCCGUGAAAGCAAAUAUUUUCAGAGCGUUCAAAAGCUAGUUAUUUGUAAAUCAAUUUGGUUGCGGAUGAUGUUUCCGAGAAGAUUAAACAAAGAUUUAUACGGUCCUUCCCGUGUAACUGCAAACACUGCUAUCAAAGACAUUCUACUGCGCGACCAUGUUUUACAAGAAGGAGAGUGGUACUCUGAUAUUGCGAAGCAAAAACCAUGGACUACAUCCUUCGCGAUUUCUUUUGAGGUAGGCGAUAAAAGUCUGUUUUCUUUUUUUUGGAAAUAUUUUCAAGUUCGUACCAAAAAGAUAAUAGAUCUAAGCUAGUUUGCUGAUUUUGACAGUUCGCGAACAGCGACCAUGUAGGUCGUUACGGUCAUGCGUCUCAAGGGUCGUUGAAAAUUGUUUAUUGCUGCUGUUUUGUGAUGUAGUUGUUAAGUGUUUCACCCAACCUUGAAACGUUGCGAGUGGUAAAUUUGAGUAAGCUUUUCAGCUUCUUUGAUGAAAUAGUAAUCUAUGUUCUAUCCACAUACAGUUACCGCUCCGGGGUUCUUAAUUCACAGCUGUUUAUCACGAAACGCAACGUGCUGAGUUAAGUCCCCAUGAACCCGAACUCUCUACUUGUUUUUCUUUUUUCUUCUUUUUUUAUUCCAAAACUACUUGCUUUUGCAAAAUGUGAGUUUCCUUUUCAUUCUGCUCACAACAUUGGUAAAUAGUGACUAAAGACUCGAUUUAGGAAUAAUUUUCGUUUUGUUUAACUUAAUUCUUCCAGAAACCCAGCGUAGAUCCAAGUAACCAGCAUGUUAGAAGACAGAAGGUGCAGGUAUGUGGCAGAUUUAUUUAUAUCUUCUUGCAGUCCCUGAAUGAAAUUUAAUAUUGUGUUUGUUGUCUUCAGUUUUAUGGCUUUAACAAAUAAGACCGAUUGUAGUUUACAAGUCUUGUUUCUGUCCACUCGUUUUUUGCCUGUAGUGAUGGAGACUGUAUAUCCUGGUGUCUGGAUGUACACUUCUAUUGACAGUAUAAAUUUGCGACGUAAUUGAAAUAUUAAAAUGGGGUCUUGCUGUCAGCCUUCUUGUUUUGAAAAUCUUUGCAAAAGAUAAAAUGUAUUAAACUAGACAACUGGUAGUGUGUUUAAUAUAAGUGCUAAAAAUGUUGAUAUCAAAAUGCUGUUGAUAUCAAUGCAGUUUACAGCAGUCAGUUUGCAUGUCUCAUAUAUUAGUCAGGUAUUUUGUUAUACACGACCCUGAGCAGUACUUGGUUGGGUUAAAUUUUGGCUCUCUGCCAUGAAAACCAAAUUAAAGUGAGACCUAAAUAUCCAAGCAAUACAAUGGCUUUCCUGUCUUAUUCCUGUUGAAGUUCCAUCCCCCCUCCCCCCUCCCCCCUCCCCAGGGUGGCUCUUCGUUGUGUCCAUUUACAAUUUAAUUUGUUUGGGUAGCUUUUUGACCGUGUUGAUUUUUCUGAUCAUUUUUGUUUUUUAGACAAAUAUCACUAGUUUUGUGCUGGGCUCAACAGAAGGUCCCUUGCUGGCAACCACUGCUUCAGACUUUGACAACAAGUUCCAUGGAGCCCCUGAAAAAGCAGCUCCAAACAAGUCAACAAGUAUUCCUGUAAGUAUUUGCCCCCUUUCAAGCUACUCUGAAUCCCUGAAAAUAAGUCUCAAGUACUCAAGUUUAGACUAAUAUAAUAUAAUAUACAUAGGCGUACGGGCAUUUUUGGCCAGGGGGGGCGGUAAUCCAUUUGCCCAAAAAAUUCUUGCAAGUUGCCCAAAUUUUUACAAAACAGUCGAAAGGAAACUAGGGCCAUGCAACAAAAUAGGCCGUACUGGCAUAUGAAAGUGGCUCGAUACAGUUUUUCAGAGUCAAUACCUGCCAAGUUUGAGCAUAAACUACGUCGCCACAAACAAGCAUUUGGAAAAAAUUGCCACCACAGUUGUAUUAGAUAAAGAGGGAAAUUUGUGAUGAUCAGGGUUGCAAUGACAUCGGAGCUAUCAUAGCAACGAAAUGAUGCCAUUACCUAUUAUACUUGCAGCAAUAUUUCGAAAUAUUUCUCACUGGGAACUGUUCUUACAAAAUCGUUCAGGGAAGCUCUUUCCUCUAAUAGUCGCCUCGAUGUUCGUGAAGUUAAAACGGAACUGUAAGAGCGUUAUCGAGAUCUUUUGGGAUAAAGGUUUUAUUGUUAGAAAUAAGGUAAAAAAGGAAAAUCUUGAUGUUUAGAAAACGGAGUUUCAGUCUUAUUAAAAACGUGUAUGAAAGAUCAUGGAGAUAGCUCCUGCCAAUUGCUAAUAAGGAAGGAUUUGAUUAGCGCUCGAUCUUGUUAGGACGGUUUCGUAAACAUUUCGGUCUACUUAAACAAAUUAGUGAAUAAUUUUUAAACCCUCGAUAGAUUUUUUCAAGAAAAUUAUGAUUCUUCUCGUAAUUCAAACUGAGAAUUAGUCAGCCACUUCACUUUCAGACCCACUGCUGAUGCGUGUUCUGCCACACACUGUUCUAGGAGCGGAGGUGAUUCUAGAAAGUUAUGCAGAAGUUUAUUCUAAUCAAUUAAUGACUGGAAAUAGCCCACUCCAGCUAGUACAGUGAAGUACAGUGCCCAACAACUACAACAAAAAAUCAGCAUAUGAUACCCUUCCCUUAUAACCAGAAACUCAUCACGUGCUAGGCAACCACUCUCUCAUGUGAAUGUAACUGAAUUAUUACGCCGACUUCUGGUUAAAAUAGAAAAUAUUUGUGUCUUCAAAAUAUAAUAAUAAUAAAAAACGAGGAAACGUCUUUAAAAACUGGCUUUGCCCAAGUUUUCUCUUGCUGCCCAAAAAAUCUGAGUUGCCCAAACUUUGGGGGGGCUGCAGCCCCCCCCCCCCGGCCCGUACGCCUAUGAUAAUAUAGCAGUUUUGUGUAGGCAGCCAAAGCACUGUUUGGGUCCUUAAACAUGAAUCCUUGCUCUACAGCUGUCUCUACUUACCUGUAUAAGCAUUUACCACGGCAUCAGACAGCUGUACAUGUACAGGUGUAUGUAAUUUCUAAUGCCCUGGUCAUGAGGUGACUCUGAUUGCUUGUUUCUCCUUUGCAUGUCUUGCUUAUUGUUACGAGUCUUGAUACUAAAUAUACAUGUAUAUUAAAGCAAUAUUCCAGGCACAUGCCCCUUCAUAUAUUGUGCAUUCACUUCCACUAAAGAACCAUACAUGAAUUUUUUACCAAGUUGUUCUCCAAACAUUUUUUUUUUUUGCACUAAUAUAAGGAGUUUAGCAUUUUUUAGCAUUGUGUUGUGGGUAAUAAUAAUAUUGCAGUGUUUUAGUCUGUAACUUUAAAAGGAAGUUAUAUAAAUUUUAGGGAUUGGGAAUUGGCAAUUGGGCAUAUGGAACAAUGUAAUUGAAAAGUUAUUUGCCUGAGUGAUCACCAAGCAAUAGUUUCCUUGUGCCCAAUUCCCAAUGCCGAAAGAAACCUUCAUUGAAUCAGCUAGAUAUACAUGUUGGUCAUGGGUCUUUUACCAUUAAACUCACAAGACCCUGAACCCCUGAAAUAUUUUGUGAUGUUUAUGUGUUACAACCACGCAUGAAAUAGAUCAGGACAAGUGAGCAAAUAACCAUUGUUGUUGUGGUUUAGUUCUCUUAUGGCUGAUUAGCUUUUCCUCUACCACACAGUCACAAUAACAUUUCACAAAUAUUCCUGGUGUUCAUAUGUAGCUUUCUGAGAGUCACGUUAUUCAUGAUCACUCACAUUCACUCGUUGAUUUCGUAUAUUUAAUUUAUUUUUCUGGAAUGAUGUGCAUCUUUGCUAUUUCAAUUUAUUGCUGGUGCAGCUUUAGAAUUUCUGUAAGUGUUAAAUUGUUCAGUUUAACUUCCUGUUUAUGUUUCUGCCUUUUAAUAGGAUUUUGCUCCAAAGUACAUGUCAGAUAAGACAUUUGGCAAAUCUGGAUCUGUUUAUGUCAGCUCAUUUGCAAAGGUACGUUUUGAGUAAUAUACUGGCCAGGGUAUUCUUUAUGACAUUACAUGUACAUGUAGUGACAGUCCAUGAUAUAUAUGACCAUAUAUUUUGUGCGUUUUCCACUGAGAAAAACUUUUGCCGUCCUCUGAAAAACCUGGAGAUUUCAGAUUAAAGUUAACGAUUGGCGCAAUAACGUAAAAAAGCCAAUAACAUGUUUCCCAGAUUGCUUUCUGUUUGAAAGUCAGUCUCCAAAAGUUCAGGCUGUUUUUGCCAAGAUCUGUGUAAUAAAAAACAUUUUAGUCCUGGUCUGCCUUUUUGACUAAAAAGUUUUAACCUUGUGACAACCUUGGGUGUGUUUUUUCGGUGAAUCCAAAAACGGAUUUUGGAUCUAAUGAAUCCUUUUUGAAAAAGGAUUCACUGGAUUUGAAAUCCGAAGAAUCCAAAUCCAGAUCGUAAACGGAUUAGUGAUCUACGCUGUUCCAUUCACAGUUGAUCCAAAAUUAGUCAGAUGAUCCAGUGGUAUUUUUCCAGUUGAAGUAUUCCCGUAAAGUUUCCUUUUUGCUUCCAUUUGCUGUAAAAUGUCUGAAAACACUGGCAGAUUGUUCCUGGUACAAUAAAAUAUUCAUUUGCUAACCAUUUGUUGCUAAAGAUUGCUUAAAAAUGCAAAUAAGUAAAAGGAACAAAUGAACUGCUAUCUUUCUACAGACUCAAAAAAUACAUAAAAUCCUCCCAGCAGUUUUGGUUUUGUUCUAGGAAUUUAAAAAAUGAAAGUUGGUAAACUUCAAAGGACUGAAAGAAUUUGUAUUUCAGACGAUUUUGAAAAAUGUGACUGUUAAUAGUAUUGUGAAGUAUUCUAAAUUUUGCUAAUUUUUGGCAGAAAAACCAAGGGCAAGCCUCAAGUGCAAGGAACCGAGCUGAAUGCAAACAGCAUACCAGUGAUUUGAACGCAACACAUUUCCAGUUUGGAACUGAUGCCAACAAGUAACUUUUUUUUUGUAAUUUGUAAAUUAGCCAAUAAAUAAUAUAAAGUUGUACACAUAAGCAUAGCUCAGCUGAUUUCGUUUAGAACUCCAAAUAUUGUGCAUGAUUGUUACAUCAUGUUGGAGAAUUUUAUUUUCUUAAAAUACAGGUUACUGCUGCACAAACCCUGGUAAUCAGUCUUGUUUCGAUCUCUUGUUUGUUUUUAGAUACAGCUCUGAAACAAAAAACUGUUUCGAGAACAAAUCCGAAACUCAUCCCAAAGAUACAGGCUUCAUUAACGUGGCUUCCAAAACAGCCUUGGAGACUUACAAAUCAAGUGUGUUCAGGAAUGGAGACUGGAAUGUAGAUGAGCCACACCUUGUACGACACUCUGUCACUUGUAACGAUUUCCACAUAAAACCAUUUUCUACAGAAGAUUGUGAAGAUUUAAAGGAACAAAAAGAAAAGAAUGGAGAACUUAAUGAAAGUGAGAAAGGAAAAUUUCUCAUCAAUCCUAAAGGUAACCUGCACUGCAUAACAUGUAAACUAAAAUGACGAACUGCAAAAGAGAAAAAAAAGUUCUCGCCGAAGUCCUCUGUUAGUACGUGUAUAAAACAUUUACAGAUGAUUGAAAUGUUGAAAAAAAAUCAGACAAGCAUAUUAAGUGGCUCAAAAAUCUGAUCAAAUUAUGCCUGUAUCAUAUAGAUUGUAAUGAUAGAAUAGUUAUCUUUUUUUUCAUGUGGUUAUGUAAAAUAAUGCCUUUUCUCUUUGUCAACUUUUAGAUGAUCCUAGCCAUCCUUACUAUCAGAGAAGCACUCAUUUUGUGGUAAGAUUUGUUUAUUUUUUGCUUCAUGACAUUCUGCAUUGACACCACAAUGAUCUCUGUGUCAGAAUUUGUUGGGUGUUGAGGUAGCCUGCUCAUGACAGGAGCAAAAAAGGGGGGAGGAAGGGUGGGGAGGGUGAGAAAAAAGUGAAAGGGACGGGAAGUGCCUGUCUUAAGAAUCAGAGUAUUUGCAUUAAAUGAGCCCCACUAAUUUCACAGCUGAUCUAAUAACAUCAACUGUCAUUGUUUGACCAAAAAUUUAUAGCAGGGUGCAUUCUAAGCAUAGGCAAAACUUCAGAUGCAACAUAUUGUUUAAUGGAAAAUGUUAUGAAGCUUCAGCUCUCUCUUCACAAACCAUACAGAAGUUCAUUUCUGGGAUAGAAACUAGGCUAGCUUCUAAAUUUCUCCAAAUAAAUAACAGAAAUAAUAGUUAUUUAACCGAAGUCCCUUGUGGAAAACAGCAUUGCAACAUCAGACAGCCCUGGCUGACAAGAAUUUAUCGUAGACUUUGUAAAUGUGGUGUUUGGGAAAAUCCAGCGGCCAAAACUACCAGGCCAUCCAUAUACUCCAUAUACUCUGGUCGUCAAUAGCUUUUACCAUCGGAGCAUGUUUCCUUCAUUGUCUGUCAUUGCAUCAUGGCUGACAGUUGAACAUUAAGGCUCAGCCAAUCGCAAAUUUGUAGCCUGCUUCAUACUUCCUGUAUUUCGAUCCUUUCAAUUCUUUGUUGUGCAUGGAAAAGGGAUGUCUGUGUUACACUGUUGCUAAUUGUAUCCCACUUGGGAAUUCUUUUCUUCCAAUACCUUCUACAUUAUCUUACAUUUGGAAACAGUGUCUUCAAAAGCAAAAGUUAAAGUGACUUUUAAUAGCACCAUUUGGGGGAGAACUUAAUCAGAGAAUCUUGCAAAAAUACUUUUGCAAAGCUAUUUUCUGUGACACAAAGGAGGUGAAGAAGGUUUAGGCACUUGACACUAGGAAGUAAAUUUGGUAAGAUGAAUCACUUUCUUCACUUAAUGAUUAUGGCUUGGCUCCUUUCUCGUGCAUCAGUCAAAAAUGUCCAAACAGAAUGGCUUAAUCUCCCACAUUAUUUUCUCUGUUAGAACUGCGAUCAUAACACACCAUGCACCGGCUCAAGAUUAUUUUGUCCAAAAAAAAUGAAAAUAACUGGCGUGUGGGUUAUGGCUCAGUGACCAAAUGAGAUGAAAGUAAACACACUGCCUGAACAGCUGGAAAGCUUGGGGAAAAUUCUAUGCUGGCAACAACAGCUGUGUGGAAAACUCCAAUCUUGCAAAAUCAUGUGCAAUAAUAUUUAUUAUCUGUUUCUUAAACGACGUUUUGAAGACAAGAAAUGUGCUCUUUGAAAGUCCCAAGUUGUUUCCAUUCAAACAAGAUGUAGACACAAGUGGUGAUUUUGUCGUAUGAAAAAUUGAAUAUGUAACACAGCGGAAAACUGAAACACGACUAGUGAUGGCAUAGAAGCAGAUGUCACUUUUCCGUGUGCAACAAAGAAAAUAAAGAGAUGUCUGCAUGCAGGCUAUGAAUUUGUGGCCGCCAGCAGCAUCGGAAACAAACAAAAGAGGGCUGAUUCUAACCAUCUUCCUCUCUUCUUGGACUUUCCUCCCCUGUGCCUUUUUACAUCUGCCGUGCAGGCUAAAAUUUAAUGUAGAGAACAAAAGUAGUGAUGCUUCAUGGAACCUUGAUGUAUCCAGGCAUUCAGAUAGAACACAGUAGAUUUAAAGUAGAGACCAGAGCUCUAGCUAUUAAAAAGAAACCUUUUUCAUGAUACAUGUUACGUUAUAAAAUGUAAUGAUUUCUCCUUAAAGCUGUAUCUGAAACGUGUACAGUCCUCUUAGUGAAGUGAUGGCAACGUUUUUGUUUUUGUUUAUUGCAGUUAGGUACCAACAAAGAUGACAGACACUCAUUAUAUUACAAAGGUAAAAAUAAACAGGUCCACAGCUGACUUUUGUUUACUUGAGGUAAAUUAUUUAACAAGCAUUAUUAUUCAUUCAAAAUAUUUCCUAAACUCUGAUUAGCUAAAAGCACACGCAUAAUUCACCAUAACCAGUUACUGAUGACCAAAUUUGGAAGAAUUUUGUGUUUCGCAAGGAAAUGACAUAAAAAAUGCAGCCUGCUACAGGUAAGGCUCGUUACUGAGAAGACCUCAGGGGACAAGGUUGAGUUGUUUUGGUUGUGACAAAAAAAAUGGCAGACAUUUCACUUGUUUCAAGAGUAAGAACUACAGCUGGAGCUAGGUGAACUAAUAGUUAAAAACAUUGCAAAAAUAGCAAGAAGACACCUCGGAGGACAACAUCUGCUAUUUGGAGAAUAAUUUAUUUGCAUAGCUGGACAAAGCUAAACGUACACUAUCGAAGAUAAACUUAACAUCGAUGCAGGAAAGCAUGUUUUUGCUAUGUUUUUAAACUAGGAAUUAUUUUGAAUGAAUCAUAAAGCAAUUAAUGAAUUUGGCUUACAUAGGAUAUGAAGAAUUAAGCGGAUCUCGGAGGGCGUUAUCCACCUCAGUCUUUGGCCUCGGUGGAUAACACCCCCCUCGAUCUCCUUAAUUCUUCAUAUCCUACUCAUCCUCAUUCAUUAAUUGCUAAUUAUUGCAGUAGGAUUAAUUUUAAAUUUAUUCAAUGAUUUUAUUUCUAUUGCAGAUUUUAUGCUUGGAACGCAAGAGUCCUUAAAAAAACCUCUGCCAGCUCCUCCUCCAAUUUCUUCCAAGGUAAUUUGUUAUUUGAUAAUGAAGUGUUUAUCAAUAUAUACAUGCAUGGACAUAUAUACAUGUAAUGUAAAGUUAAUCAUUAGACCUCACUAUACUGGAUUUACUGAACAAUCUGGAGCAUCAGUAUGCAUAGUCUCCUGUGCAGACUUUCUUUUUGCUCAACACACAAUCCUUCCCAACUAUUAAACAUCUGCUGAAACUAGCGGUUGAAAAUGUAGACCAAUCUGAGCACAGUUUCCAGAUCUGGGAAGCGUACUUUGGACCUUGAGAAAUUUAGUGCAAGACCCAGGAUGUGAGUCUUCAGGAAAGGUCAGAAAAGAUCAGAAAAGGUCUCCUAUAAGAAACAGCCCCCUAGAUUUCUUCGAACAAACUAAAAUUCUACUCCAUCUUUAAAAAUGAAACAAAUUAAUCUGAAUUCAUCAAUCAUAUCCGGAAUGCUGAACAUAGGCAUGUAGCUUCCAAAUUUAGGAUAGGAAAUCAUAAUUUAAAAAUAGAAACUGGAAGUUUUACAAUUCCCAAAAGACCUGAAGACCUUAGAAUCUGUAAUAACUGCAACCCAAAUUUGGUUGAAAAUGAAAUGCACAUAUUAUCUCGCUGUGAUCUAUAUAAUGAUUUGAGAAAGACUCUUUCUAUUAAAAUCAAUGACCGAAAUACAUUAUUCACAAAUUACAAUAUCCAUGAUAAAGUCUGUUUCCUUUUCAACAAUACUGAUUCACAUAUCAGCAGGCUAACUGCCAAUUAUGUUUCUUUCGUCUUUCAAAUGCUUGACAGACGGAAGAAACAUAAUUAAUUCUACCAUUCCAUUACAUCUUCAUUUCCUUAAAUUUAGCUGUUCAUUGUUAUUUUAAUCGGUAACACCUGUACAAAAUGGUAAAAAAUACUGAAUAAACUUGUAAUUAGAUUAUUUGAUGGGAAUAACAUGCCUCCAUGCUAGUGGCUUAUACCCCCAAAAUCUCAUAGAAAAAAAUUACCUUUGAGGUUUAAUUUGCCGCAGCUUUACUGCAAAAUGGAUUUUUGUCACAAUGUUAACUAUCCUGUAGUUACCUAACCUUAAGAACAUGUUAACAUGGAAACGGCAUAGCUAAUUCAAAUCCAUCCUUCAUAAAGAGAAAUAUUCAAAGAGCCCUCUGCUUGUCCUUAAAGAUCAGAUAUCACACUCAGCUACAUGUAUCCCCGAACUUGUGACUUGUGUUUGGUUUGGUUUAUUUAACAAUUACCUACUGCUGAUUACUUUUCUGGUAAUACCAGUAUGUGAGUGAUCUCCAGCUGAUAUUUGCAAACAAAGGGAAAGGAAUUUAACCCUUUGUUUCAGCAGACAUUCAUGCAGAAAAAAUGCAUGACUAACCCCUAAGAAUGUCUGCAUGGGAGGCUACAGCAUGAGCUAAGGUUACCUGGAUAAAUUACGUGUACUGUUGUGACUGCACAAAGCCCAGUGGUCUCAACUCAUACAGAUCAAGACAAUCAUGAACCACCUUUAGUUGUCUGCAGACUUUCUCAAAAUAACCACUUUGGGGACUAGGAAAAGGAAUUUAGUUUACGGCAAGAAAUAUUAUUAUAUCAGAUGAAGAUACAUGUAAGCUGACUAACAAGUCAGCGUUCCAGUUAAUUUUUUUCAAGUGGGGGGAUCAUGUAGACCAUCUGAGGGGUCACUUGCUUAUUUUUUUGUUAUAUAAUUUUAACUUAAUACUUAUAUGUCAUCUGUUGAGUCAAGAAGCCUUCUUUGUCGAGUCAUUGACCCGAGACCCAUCUUUUACCUGAAACACUGCAAGUAUCAGUCAUGGCUGUCAGAGCAAUGCAGUACAUCUUUCCAGUUUUUGGUCAAAUGGCUUUCCUGCUGACUUGGUCACUCUAAAUCCAUUUGCAAACAAGUAUUUGAUUUUCUUUUACUUAAUAUCAAUUUUGUUACCUAGACAGGGUAACAUUGCAUGGUGAUAGGUUAAGUCAAUUACUUGUUGUCUAAUUCUUUAUUUAUUGUGAUACUCGUAGGUUCUUCCAAAUCUUGAGGACUGCCUGCCUUGGCGCUCAACAAAUAUGUCAGAUUUUGUUGACCAUGGAACUCAGAUUUGUCAGGUAGGUUCAACGUAACAUCUUAACAUUAUUUUUUUUGGCUCAAGUUUAAUUCAAGGAAACAAGUGAAUUAAUCACAUAUAUGCCUAAUUUAUUGCUGAUAAGCUUGAAGCUUGCAAUCUUUUAAUGAAUAAAACCACCUUGUUUUUUUUUCCAAUUGAUCAUUUUAGGGAAGAGCAGCUGAAACAAAAAUAAAUCGAGUAAGUAAUAGUAAUUGUUGUUUGUUUUUUUAUUAGAUGUGUUUUUAGGUACUAUAAGUCAUAAAGUGGUGAUUCUCUCUUAGCUUGUUUAGAACUGUCAGCUAUUCUCAAUGCAUUUAUUUCUUUCUUUUUCUGUAACAAAUGCCUCAGUUUUGCUCAGCUCUCAAGCAAGUAUAAAAGUUUUUUUUUCUGCAUAAUUUCCUGUAGGAGUGCCAGAAUACUCUGGCUGUUUCUCUGACAUGUGAUGAACAGCGUCAUGCUGGAGACAGACAAGUAUCAAGUAAGACAAUUUGCUGUGGAUGAAUUCCACAGCGUACAAAUUCUUUAAUUUCCUUACCCUAUCUCCAAAAAAUGUACAAAAACAUGUAGCUCAGGAUGGCAAUGCACACACAGGGUACUUACAAUGGACUUGGGACUGUGUGAAAACGCCCUUCCAAGCAAUUGUUACAUAAGACCCUGCUCCUACAGACAAUUUUUUGUUCGGCUUUGAGUUCGUUCCGUCGUCCCCCCACUUCCCCUAGCAAUGUUGUGGCCAAAAAAAGCACUCAUUUUCACCCACUUUGCUCCAAAUUCAACUUUGUUUGGGGUGGGAGGGGAGGGGUCGCUAGUUUUAGUAAUAUCACUGGAAAGGUCCCAACACUUUUGACGUCCAUUGUAGGUCAUUGGACUUGCACUAGAAGUUAUAGGUUGUUUGUUUUAAGUAGUCAUUUCCUAUAUCUAGAAAAGAUUUUAGAAUAAUGACCAACCAAAUGGAGUAACAAAUGAUUCUCAGAAGUGACGUUAUUUGCUGAUGAUGUUGGUAAAUUAACCCUUUUGAAUCAGUGGGAUUUAUUGUAAUAUUUGAUGGUCUGUGAAAGUAACAAGAUUUAAAGUAUAGCCCUUAAAGCCUGUUAAUUGUUUAUCUGUUUGUUUGUUUGUUUGUUUGUUUAUUGUAUAGUGACAGGGUCUAGCUACCUGCAUCCACCGGGGGACAUGCCAUAUCUGAGUCCUCAGAAAGAACCCAGAAGUAAAUAUCGAUAUCUGGACAGUAAUGGGGCCCUGCUAAAAUCCCCACUCUGGCCAAAGCCCUCUGAAACAAAGGUAAAUGGAACCUUUUUAACCAACUCACUUUUAUAAGUAUACUUCUUCUGUAUAUUUUUGUCCUCAAUAUUUUUUUUAUUUUAAAUGAUGCUACCCAUAACAAGGUUAUCAUGGAGGCUCAUGCAUAUGGUACAUGAUAUUAAUCUAGUGUUACAUGGGUGUCAUGGGAAGGUGCAUGUUUAGCCAUGUCUAUAAGCUCUGAUCAGUAUCUCAAAUGCUUUGAUACCUUCAUGAACUUUUGUCUUGCAAUGCACAGGACCCCGGCACAAAGAAGUGUACAACCUACACAAAUUAAGUUGAAGGUUUCUCAAAUAAAACAAUAAAUAAUCAUGUUAUAUGUUCUAAUCACUACAGGAUGAGUUCAUUCCGCAUAUUGAAGAGUUUAAGAUUGGCGAAGUAUCAGUUAAGCUUAAAGACAAAAAAGCUGACUGUGUUGGUCGGAUACGAGAUAACAGGAAAACACAUUUUCAGUUUGGUUCAGAUGAUGAACCAAAACAUUCUGAGCAGGUAUAUACUUAAUUCGCUGAGUUUUCCGUCAAAGCGUGCAUUUAAUAAUCAUAAUAAUCUCUUCAAUAGAAGACAGUAAUUUGUCAAAGCUUUAACAUCUUGCCUUGAAUUUUUUUAAUCCAUGUUCUUUCCAACAGCGUGACCAGUUUUUUUCGUCCAUUCGGCUGGAUCCAUCUCUCCCUGCUGCUGGGAAAAGUGAAGGUCCUGGACAGAAAUAUUCCCAUGUCUUUCCGAGGUAAGCCACUUGUCUGGCGGUCAGUGGUAUGAUCCUGUGUGGUAUAAACUUAUAACAAGCAUUAAAAAUGAGAAAAAGCCUUGCAUUAUCGAGAAAUGCUACAAUCCAACAUCAGCAUCACAAUAUCUUUAGGAUGGGACACACCGCCAGCAGACAUAGCUGUAGUGCCCGGAUGUGAAGAGGGAACAUUUUGCAGCUACGGAUAAACCCCCUUUUUUGACGUUACCAUUUUUUACGAAAAAAAAAAGACGCGUGUGGCAAAAUUCUUCUGUCCAUUACAAUUUUCUUUUUAGAAUGUUUUUUUAAAAGCUUUCUCCUUUAUUUCGACACUUUUUAGGUGAUUGAGUUUGUUUUGUUUUGCAUUACUGAAGCUGUUUAAUGCGUAUCGCUACUGUCGCGCCGAUCUCAGUUGAUCGAAGUAAAUUCGACUUAAGAACGGCAGUAGCUUGACGUUUGAAACCAAGUCGUGCUACUGGGCAAGCUGCCGAACUCGAUUCAUAUAUUGUAAAUGCGUUACAAUAGGAGGAAAAGAUUUUGAAGAGCUAAUUAAACCGCUUUUUUUGUUUCUUUGAUUUGUUUUCGACAGGAGUUGUUUACUUUGACUGAACUUAAAUUUUUCAACUGAAACCACGUGACCUUCCUGCUACAGUCGAGUCGGCUUGAUAACGGCAGUAGCACUACUUUGCAUCCACUCCUUGUGACUGCCAGGAGAUCUGAUCAGCUCACAUAAAUGUCUGCCUCGUGUUUUGAUUGGUCAGAUUAAUGGCAUCAACCUCGUUCCCAGGGCUUUUUCGCGUUGAAAAUUUUAAAUUGUGAGGGAAAAAGCCCUGGGAACGAGGUUGUAGUAAGUUUGUGUCCAGUUCACGAAUGUCCAUUUAAAGCCGCUCUCAUUUACCCUGCCCCACACAUAUCCUUGUUGUUUUUCUAGUGAAUCAGCCGAACAGGGAAGGCAAAGUGCCCGUGAUUCUCAUCCACUUGAUGAAGUUACAAAGAUUAAGAAACAUUCACAAGAAUUAGGUCAGCAAAGGUACAGUGAAGUGGAAAUGUCACAAUGUCUGUCACUUGAAUCAACCAUCAUAAUCCAUUCUUAUUUCUGUGACUCCGUUAUUUUGACAGAUAUUUCAAUACAUCUGAUGCGAUGAAUAUUAACUUGAGGAAAGCGUUCUUGGAGUUUGACACCAGUUUGUGAGUACUCGCUUGUUCUUAGUUUCUCUCCACGUUCAACUCUCACAAAUAAUUAAUUCGACAUUUACCUCUGUACCUUUCGAACCUGUAUGCAUCAAUUUUUGAAUACAAGAAAGGUAAUGUUGAAUCACUCCGUUAGGGACUGGGAUCCUCGUGGGAUAACUAGAACAUUGUCCCUAGGCUCUUUAACAGUCCACUUGUUAGUAAAAUGUAAAGAUUUGUAUGAAGCGUCUCAUAUAAUCCAGGCGAAAAUGAAUUAGGGAAUAUUUAAGGUGAUUCCCUUAAAAGAAAUUUCCUACCCACAUUUUUUCAAACUUGGUACAAUUGUUAGCCUUGUAUUAGGCUGUCAAAAAUGCAAUAAAAGGAUCGCGUCAUUUUCGAAAAGAAAAGGAAAGAAAAGAACUAUGAAUAUUACAGAAACCUACGUAGGGCCUAUUUUUUUCUAUUCUAUAAUCUAAAUUGUAACCAGGAGGAUUAAUCAUCAUCGCGUAUUAAAACUUUUGGACUACAAAAGCAGCCUUUUUUACCUGUCUUCAUCACCGCCACCUUUGAAGUCGCAAUAGGGACUUUAAGAUCCAACGACGCGACGGCGACAAGAACGUCGCUUAAAAAGUGAAUUUGCGUUCUUUCAGUCUUCAUAGCGAUUAUUCGUACCCACUUACUUUGUCAACUGUAGGCGAACCCUCCUGAAGCUGAAUUUCAAGGGACCAAAGUCAAGCUCAGAAAGAGAAAUAAAAUUUCGUCGUUGCUUGUUUACGUCCUCCAUAAAACCACAGGUAACCCAGGCUCUAUGAUAGUACCACAGUACGGUUCCAGUAAAAUUACAGUGUUUGUAUGGGGUAAAAAUAUCAUCCUAAAAUUUCUAGGAAAUACUAAAUAAAGAUCAAUGAAACUUACUCUGCAGUUAAUUGUUGUUGUCCUUACUGCUCCAACGAAGUUUCGUGAUAAUUUGCAGUAAUUUGUUCAAAUUCACUCUAUCUACAAUAAUAAUAUACUAGGUAGGAAACACGAGGUGCCAUUUUCGCCGACAUGCUCUCAUUCAACACAACUUUUUCCACGAAAUUCGAACUCCAACGGAAAAUAAACAUGCCAGGAUCGUAGAAAUAGGAUAGCAGCAGAUAUAGAAACCAAUGACGCUUUCCCAGAUAGAGAAACGAAUCCCACAGACUUGGACGAACUCGAAGAAUAUAAUCCAAACACACCGAGAAUACGCUCGCCGAAGCAGCCGGGCCAGAUCAACGCGCGGCCAAGAAAAUGAAGCCUGGGCACUGUACAAAAAAAUUCCAUCUCGGGAGUCCUGGGGUGACCUUUCUAGGGACCGAUACAUCAUUUGCCCAAGGCCACUCUCCCCUGCUGGAAAAAUACUUGAUAGAAGGCAAUUGUUCUUCCUAGCCAAUCACUAUGGCCUGUUAUAAAGAGAUUAUUUUCCUCUCGAACUAUAUUCAGCUCCUGGCGCUGGUCCUCAGAAAGUUUAUCAAACAUCAGUAGGGCAAGGUUAUAAGGGCAAAGGCAAGAACAACAAAGGACGAUUUACAAAGCUUAAAACGAGCAAAAGAUAUAAGUGAAUUUUGGCUCUUACCGAGGCAUUUGUACAACAGGACCAAAUUCAAAGAGAGGUGUAUCACGCUGAUUCACAUAUUUAACCGAUAGAGCGUUCACUUGUAUUGACAAGAAGUCGGCGUGUUACUGCCGUAUUAAUCGCUAAAUAUGUUAAUCGCGCUAGUUCUUUGUUUACUAGUGCACUUGCCUUUCACAUUCGUCUCAGUUAUCGCAAUUCAUAUUCUGUCGCAAUUUUCUGUAUAAUUUUUGACAUUAGUUUGUAAGCUUCACCGUUUAUUUACGAUAGUUUCGCUCGAGAGUUCACAGCAACAGUAUCUCAGUCAUCAUCUACCUUUUGUUCAACCUUGUUUUUAGUCCGCCUUGUAAGCAUUUCGCGUUGUUAUUUCAUUAGUUUCAUUACUGUUAUUUGCAUUCCUUAGUAAAAGAAAUGGGACGCCUUGAAACUCCGCAGACUCUCCUGAUUAUAUUACUAUUUUUUUAGCCAUUUAAAUUCAGGCGCGUGUGCGGGGUUUGCUCUGGCAAAUGGUGAUUGGCUAGGAAGAACAAUUGCCUUCUAUCAAGUAUUUUUCCAGCAGGGGAGGGUGGCCUUGGGCAAAUGAUGUAUCGGUCCCUAGAAAGGUCACCCCAGGACUCCCGGGAUGGAAUUUUUUUGUACAGUGCCCAGGCCUCAUUUUCUUGGCCGCGCGUUGAUCUGGACCGGCUGCUUCGGCGAGCGUAUUCUCGGUGUGUUUGGAUUAUAUUCUUCGAGUUUGUCCAAGUUUGUGGGAUUCGUUUCUCUAUCUGGGAAAGCGUCAUUGGUUUCUAUAUCUGCUCUAUCUGCUGCUAUCCUAUUUCUACGAUCCUGGCAUGUUUAUUUUCCGUUGGAGUUCGAAUUUCGUGGAAAAAGUUGUGUUGAAUGAGAGCAUGUCGGCGAAAAUGGCACCUCGUGUUUCCUACCUUGUAUAUUAUUAUUGUAGAUAGAGUGAAUUUGAACAAAUUACUGCAAAUUAUCACGAAACUUCGUUGGAGCAGUAAGGACAACAACAAUUAACUGCAGAGUAAGUUUCACUGAUCUUUAUUUAGUAUUUCCUAGAAAUUUUAGGAUGAUAUUUUUACCCCAUACAAACACUGUAAUUUUACUGGAACCGUACUGUGGUACUAUCACAGAGCCUGGGUUACCUGUGAUAAAACGCGAAAUUAGGCAUUUUCACGUCGAAGUCGUGCAAAAACGGGAAAGAAAUGUACAAAAAAGUGUGAUGCACGUGCGAAGUUGUUGUUUUGCUAAUUAAACCAAUUGUUUUUUUGACGUUCUCGUUGUCGUCCGCGUCGUUGGAUCUUAAAGUCCCUAGUGUUAUGCGUAGUAGGCGGUGGGCAUUGAAAAACAAGGCAAUCACCUUAAGUCACUUACCCAAUGAAGGCGUGAAUUCCUUUGCAAAAUACGCACAUAGUCCUCGCAUUUUCUUUUAUUGUUUUUGAGCUUAAAGAAAGAGAACCAAUGAAUAAUUUUCAACGGGCAGUUGUGACCGGUGGCCAUACGCGUAUGCUGCAGAUGAAUAGGCCAAUUCUGGGUUCCAAAAAUUCUCACUUUCAAAACGAGGCCUAGCGCAAACCUUUUUUUUAAAAUGGGUUGUAUUUGCAUGAGAAAAAAAUCAUUUUAUAUUAAUGGCUUUGCGCUUAGCCUAGCUUUAAGCUAGAGACUUGGGGUAACUCGGAAAUAUUUUAUUCACCUGAAAUGUUGGUGGCGUGUUGACUGUCAUGUAGCUCUAGUUUUCAAAGCCAUAGGAGACUUGCACUUCAACAAACCAAACAUCACAAAUAUCUGGUGAAGAGUACGCGAGGUCAAAUUUUGUUUUUUUUUUCAAACAGGAGUGGACGAAUUUCCAAGGACGAUCUGAAAAACGUUCUCCGUAGACUCUCCAUCAGUAUGGAUACAGUUACGUUUGAAAAUCUCACCAAAAUGUGAGUGAACAGCGAUCUUUCCUUGUGUCAGUGUUUCUUAAGUUACUGAAGUUUCACCUUGUGAUAUUUUUCGAUUAGCAAAAUUUAAGCAAAGUGUUCUUACCUCCAUGACUAUAUGAAUUUCAUACAUUUGAACUACGAGAUAAAGGAAUAAAUACAAAGAAGAUCAUCAUUUAACAACCAUCUCCAGUUUAAUUUGUUAGAGCGCUUUACCAGGAUCACAGAGGUUAGGGUUUGAGUCCCGGAAAUUUUCAGGCUUUCUUUUUGCAACUGCCUAAGUUACGUAUUUAACAGUCAUGAACCUCUUUGCGUUUAUUUGUUCUUGCCUCUGUCAGUGAACAUGCCGAUAAGCGAGUAUUUUUAUCAUCCAUUAAAAGUGAAAGCAUUUGUUUGCUUGGCAGUGGUGUUUUAUGUGUCACUUACUUUUUCCCGCUCUUUUCGCCGAGUUCUUAAGACUAAGAAGAAAGUUAUUAAUCCAGCCAAUCUGAAUACGCGUACAGCAUCAAAUGUACCAAUCGCAUUUCGAGGCAACAAAGUGUAGCCGGCUCCUAGCGCGGAAAAACCUAUGCCAGCAAGUCAAGAAUUUUCAUGUUUGGCGAGAUUUUUCGAUCAAUUAGAGAGCAAUACUUAGACAUAUCAUUUUAAAGUGACUGCGUGUUUUUUUCUUCAGGUGCGAUAAAAAUAGCUCAGGCUACAUCGACUACAAAGAAUUUGCAAAACACCUAACGAAAGAUGCACCCCUUACUAAAGGAGGAAAAGCAUCGAUUUUAUCAGUGAUGAAAGCAGAUUACUGCCCCCCAGAACAACGAAGGUGACUUUGAGUUUGUUUACAAAAAAAAAAAACAUAACAAAGGUCACAGUAGGACGCCCAGCGUUUGUUUGUAGGAGACUAGCCUGCAAAUACAGACGCGUCUCUCCUCGGUCCACGUCGCUUUGGACGUUCGGCGAAACGUCUCUAGUGGAGAGGAGCUAGGAGAGUUGGCUAUUAGGAGACGAAACUUGUGGUGUUAAAGGAAAAUGUUAUGGAAACAUUGUAUUGAGUUGGUGGUUACGUCAAGGGACAGUAAGAAAGCAAACAACUCAGUAUUUGCUUUGCCAGUAUUUGCUUAUACCAGUGGUUUUACAGAAGUAUUUUUUUAUCGUUUUCAUGUCAGAUUCACGUCUGCUCAGCAGCGCACGAUAGAAGUGUCGAAAAAAGUUGUACCUCUAUCCGUAAGCUCACAUUACUUCCACAAACAUCAGUCUGGAGGUAUGUACUAAAAUAUUCCUCAUAUUUUCCUUCCGUAUGACCUUACUGCGUUUAUUUCUCGUUGAAUCAGAUCUUUUGCUUAACAGUCAGUCAAUCAGCGUUACGACACGGUCAAGUUAAUUCAGGCCACCCGUAAAGGAUUCAAAAGCUGGCACUUAAAUCGGUUCAGGUUGCCUGAGCGAUUCCAUUUCCAAACCACUUUAUAGAACCAGCUCGCUCUAUCAACAAAAAUGUUAAAACCACAUUUUCGUGCUUCACAAGUGCGGAUAAACCUUCCUACUUUGAUUAAAGUGUCACUACUAAGUCAACAUAAAUGACUGCUUACACGAAUUUGACUUCAAAACGGACGGUUGACGGUUCGUGUUAAUUAGGGAUCUGAUUUACCAAUAAAAGGCCGUCCACGCUUAGAGAAUUGUAAAGUCAUUCCAACAUCAUCUAAUUAUUGUCCUUUUCUGCAGCACCUCGCCUUUCAACAACUGCACAGGACUUUGUUAGGCCAGACAGAAUGCCAGGUAGA